UGUAUCGUUGCUCUGGAAGAACUUUCAUCAGUUAUGCAAAAUGGAAGCUGCCAGUCCAAAAGACAAUUCAGUGGCGUCGAGUCCGUUCUCUUCACCGAACAUCAGCGCCCUCCUCAAGAUCAAGAUUCUUUCAUGGAGCCAAGAAACUGGAUUGCCUGCUUCCAUUCGUGUUCGGCUUGGUGAUAGGAUCUUCUGCCUGCACAAGCUCCCUUUGUCUUCCAAGAGCAGAUAUUUCAAUAGAAAGUUGAAUGAUUCAACCGAGGUUGAGCUACCGCAAGAUUUUCCAGGAGGACUGGAGAUUUUUGAGAAGAUCACCCUGUUUGUCUACGGUUCUUCCACUUUGGUCGACCCUUUUAAUGUAGCGGCCCUGCGAUGUGCGGCUGAGUUUCUCGAGAUGACGGAAGAGUACUGCUCCGGCAAUCUGUGUGAGAGGUUCGAUUUGUAUCUCAACCAAGUGGUUCUGCAAAAUUGGGACGACACUUUAAUUGUACUACAGAAGUGCCAAACUUUGCUUCCAUGUGCCGAAGAUCUCUUAAUUGUGAGCCGUUGCAUCGAAUCUCUUGCUUUCAUGGCUUGCAUGGAGAUUCUUGAUCCAGAGAGGAGACGCGACCGACCAGUGUUGACAUUAGAGCCAUUAGCUAGCUCUGCUUGGAACUGCAAAAGCGUGAAGGAAUUCGUGAGCCAAGAUCUCUGGGUCAAGGACCUGAUUGCUCUGCCAUUUGGGUUCUUCAAAAGGAUUAUAGCAUCUCUGAGAAGGCAAGGGAUGAAAGAAAAAUACGUUAGCCCAAUGAUUGUUUUCUACGCAAAUAAAUGGGUAAUCUCAGCGAAGGCACUCCAAUUUCGUCAGAACUCUGGUGAAAUCGACUGUGAUACAAAUGUUGAGGAUAAAGUCUCAACCAUCUUACAUGGCAUUCUUGAUUUACUUCCCACGGGGGAGAAGUCUAGCAGAAUCAUCCCCGUCGGGUUCUACUUUGCUAUGCUAUCCAAGUCUCUAGAGCUUGAUUCGAGGAGCGAAAUCAAAUCAAAGUUGCAGGAUCAGAUCGCAUCGCUGUUGCCACUUGCCCAUGUGGGCGAUUUUAUCCUUCCAAAAAGCAGGGCUGAAUCUGUCUGUUUCAGCAUUGAGUUGGCUACGAUGGAGAGCAUAAUUUCAACAUACGUAUCAUUUGAUUUGGAUAUGAAUCAUACUCCUUCUAUGAGCAACUCAGUUGUUGCUGAACUGUGGGAUGCGUAUCUCGCUAAUAUAGCACUUGACCCGAAACUGGGGCCGCAGCGGUUCAUGGAACUGAUUGAAGCAAUACCGCUUUCAUACAGGCAGAGCCACGACAAUUUGUACAGAGCAUUGAACACUUUCCUCCAGGCACACCCAGAUGCAUCCCAAGAUGAAAAGACCAGAGUCUGCAAGUACCUUAGCUGCCAAAAGCUAUCGCAAGAGGUGUGCAUCAACGCUGUUCAGAACGAAUUGAUGCCUCUCCGUUUAAUUGUCCAGGCACUUUUCAUUCAACAACUGAACACGCAUCAAGCUUUUAAAGAAUGCUCCGAUUCGUUUAGGUAUGCACAUUGUGGGGAGUUCUCGGGAAGCCUCUCGAGCUCUAAGUGUCCGUACUCCAAGAGUCAGAAUCUAGGGGAGAGCCCCUUCGCUGAAGAAGCUGAGCCAGGAAGAAGGCCCUUGAGCGCUCUGCUCCAGAAGGAUCACACGAUUCAAGGAUCUGAUAUGCCAGAGAAGGAAUAUGAGUCCACAAGCUUCAGGAUUCAGACACUCGAACAAGAGCUCAUGUCUUUAAAGAGGAGCCUGCAAUGGCAAAACAUUUCGAAGAGAACAGAGCUUGCUUCAAACAAAGUAAAGAAUGUCAAACCAUUUGGACUGGAGAAUAGAUCAAUGAGCAGGAGAAAGAACCCUCUCGGACAAAAGACGGGUUGCAUUGGCUCUGCAACUUUUGCAACCCAAAGGAAGUACGCCAGCCGUCUAAUGAAAAUAUUCCGGCGGAUAACAUUAUUCGGAGGUAGGAAAAUGAGGAAAAAGUCAGGUGCAACAGGUCCACGUACUAGGCCAAUCUAGCAAAGACUCUUGAGCGAUAGUGGGGAAAUAAGACAAAGGUUAUGAACUAUGUAAAAAUGCUCAACACCUGCUUCUGUAGCUUUUUUUACGUAUGUGAAGUGCUAUGUCGUUUAAACAAUAUACCACAGUUGAGGUU